UCGAGGAGUACAAUGAACUUACGGAAUCAUGCAACGUUUCCGUGAAGCCUGUUCUGGAACCUAGCUUCCGGAUCCAGAAACUUCUCCAGAAGCAGACCAGCUGUGCUAGGCAGUCUGAAUGGACCAGCAACUCCGCUUUGAAGAUUUAUUUUCAGUCUUAUCUUCUGCUGAGAGAUUCACCUCUGGGGUGAUUGGUUAGCUUUUCGGCGGAUGAUGGAGAAACGUAAACAGGCCGGACUGCUGACCCUGCCGUACCACCUGCUCCCGGGGCCCAUGGGCGUGCCUGCGUCCCUGCCCCGCCUUCCCCUGCGGGACCCCUUCAGGGUCUCCUUGCGCCUGGACGCCGCGUGCUGGGAGCGGGAGCGGGGCGGCUGCGCCCCGCGCCGGCCGUACUUGCCCCUGCCGCUGGACGGCGCCUUCGAGCCCGCCUUCCUCCGCAAGCGCAACGAACGCGAGCGGCAGCGGGUGCGCUGCGUGAACGAGGGCUACGCGCGCCUCCGAGCUCACCUGCCCCGCGAGCCGGCGGACAGGCGCCUCAGCAAAGUGGAGACGCUCCGCGCCGCCAUCCGUUACAUCAAGCACCUCCAGGAGCUGCUGGAGCGCCACGCGCGGGGGCAGGAGGGCGCGGCCGGCGCCGGCCCCUCGCUCAGGGCCGAAUGCAACAGCGAUGGCGAGUCCAAGUCCUCGUCGGCGCAUUCGCCCAGCAGCGAGCCCGAGGAGGGGGCCUGUUAGCGAGCGCUGGGCCGGCCCGGACCCCUCCCGCUGCGCCGCGCGCUUUUGGAGUCUGCUCUAAGGUUCCCUCCGGAGGUGGUUUGCAUUUGCAAUCUGUUUUUUUUUUUCCUCCAGAACUAAAUCUUAGGAAAAAGAAAUGAGUGCUUUAGGGGGAAAAAAAGAUUUUGACAUUCUAGUUGUUUCCACCCCUUCCACCCCCCCUACUGGUUAUGUGCCUGCAACUGAAAGAUGCUUAUGAAACUCUUCCUGUACUUCUCAAAGACAAACUGUACCAGACUCUGAACUCCUCAAAGGGCGAAAACAAGGAGGAUCUGCCACAGUCAGCGGGGUGGGUAAAUUAGGGACGUAAAUACUGAAACAAAUCCAACCUUAACCGAAGAAGAACUUUCCAAAACUAGCUAACUAACUAAAUAACAGCCCUUAAGAUGAGCGGAAGGUUUUUCCUGCAUUCCUUCAUUUGGGAAUCGAUGAGAAAUGUAAUUGACACCGUGCUUUGGAGGAAGGUGGCCCUAAGCUGACACCUGGGAACACGUUUGCCAGAGCGCGCGGCCAGGUCAGCCUGUGCUGUUGACUAAGCGUAUGAAUGGCGGUGCUAGAAAGGACAUUCCAUAUUGGAAACAUCCUGUUUUAUCAAAAAAGUGGUCGUGUGGGAACUUCAUAGCAUCUAGCAGAUAGUAACGUGUCAGUGGCAAUGAUCUUUUUGGAAGAGAACUCAGAUUUGUAUGAAAACUUACUUUUCCUCUCAGGUGUCUUGUGCGUCGUGUUUUCAUUUUCCUUCUCUUUGCACCCCUCACCUCUACCCCCUUGUUCUCACUCCAUCUAACUUUCGGUUAAAGUGACACUGUGGCCUUAAAAAAAAAAAA